CAUCCACAAUGUCCGGCUUUGGGGGCUUCAACCAGAACAACAACAAGCCAGGCGGUUUCUCCUUCGGCGGAGCCAACAACAACACGACGGGCGGCGCUAGCGGCAGUCUGUUCGGCGGCAACACCAACGCGGGAAGCACGGGCGGGCUAUUCGGUGGCGGCGGCGCGGGUGGCACGCCCGCAGCGGGGUCACAGCCCGGCGGCGCGCCUGCAGCCCCCAGCGGCGGCCUGUUUGGCGGCAACACCAACACGAACACCAACACAGCAGCGCCAACGAGCGGGUUUGGUGGGUUUGGCGGCGCCGCGAAGCCAGGCGGCUUUUCUUUUGGCGGCGCGGCCUCCAACUCGACCGCUGCUACUCCCGCCGCCCCCGCAGCCCCAAGCGGUGGCCUGUUUGGGGGUGGUGCAUUCGGCAAGCCUGCAGACAGCGGGUCGAGCACACCCAAACCGCUCUUCGGCGCGCCGGCUGCCGGGUCGACGACGCCCGCAUCCACUCCUCCUGUAGGCGGUCUGUUUGGUGGUGGCGGCAGCUCCCAGCCCUCUGGAGGACUAUUUGGUGCCUCCGCCGUUGCACCCAAUCCGUCCACCUCCGCUCCCGCCGCGCCGGCCGCACCUGCCGGCGGAAGCCUCUUCGGCGGCUUUGGCAAGACUGCCGCCCCCGCCUCCACGACUCCUGCCUCCACGACUCCAGCAGCCCCCGCGGCGCCUGCCGCAGGUUCGCUCUUCGGCGGCUUCGGAAAGCCGGCGUCGACCCCUGCCAGCGGGACCGCGACGCCGUCGGGCGGCCUAUUUGGUGGCGGCGCCAGCAGCACGCCUGCAACGGGCGCUGCCGCGCCGAGCUUGUUCGGUUCUAAACCCGAGGAGAAGAAGGACGCAGCCCCGCCUGUUGGGUCAUCGCUAUUCGGCACAGGCUUCGGUCAGGCCGCCACAACAGCCGCUGCGGGCGGCAGCACAACCCCUACGACUGCCCCCGCCGGUGGCCUUUUCGGCAAGCCUGCUGCUCCCGCUGCGCCGAGCCUGUUUGGAGCCAAGCCUGAAGACAAAAAGGACGCCGCUGCUGCACCAGCAGCUCCUGCCGCGGCCUCGCUUUUCAGCUUUGGGAGCAAGUCCACACCUGCAUCUGGAGCAGCCACCCCUGCCGCUGCGCCUGCUGCUGCGCCUGCCGCCCCUGCUUCCGGCGGCGGCCUGUUUGCAAACUUGGGCAAGACUGCCGACAAGCCCGCUGAGGCUGCCAAAGCGCCUGAGGCUCCCAAGCCCCCCGCUGCCGGUGGUUCUCUCUUUGGGAGCUUUGGUAAGCCGGCCGACAAGCCGGCGGAGCAGAAGGAUGAGGCGGGCAAGGCGCCUGCGGCAGCUGCGCCCGCAGCUGGCAGCCUGUUUGGUGCGCCCAAGCCCGCGGAGAGCUCUACCGCAGCUGGCAGUCUGUUCGGCGCACCCAAGCCCGCGGAGAGUUCUACCGCAGCCGCUGGCUCAUCUACGCCCGCGGCCGGCGGCUUGUUCGGCUCUAAGCCUGCGACUGCGCCCGCCACUGGUGCCGUGACGCCCGCUGUGACCAUCAGCAUGGCUGGCACUAAGCCCGGCUCCCCGGCUGGAGAGGCUGCCAAGGUGACUGAGCCCCCACCCAACCUCCUCCGCGGCAAGACGCUUGACGACAUUGUCGAUGGGUGGAGCAAGGACCUCGAGGCACAGGUGAAGGAGUUCGAAAAGCAGGCGGGCGAGGUAAGAGAGUGGGACAAGGUGCUUGUGCGGAACGGCAACCAGAUUGCAGCGCUGCACCAGCAAGUGGUCGAGGCGCAGACCAACCAGGCGACGCUCGACAAGAACCUCGACUACAUCGAGAACCAGCAGAAGCAGCUGGACGCCAUGCUGACUGCUUACGAGCGCGAAAUUUCGAGUAUGGGUGACAAGGACAGCAAGCCGCUGGCGCCCAAGAUGCCUGCGGACCGGGAGCGCGAGAAGGCCUACGCGCUUGCCGAGGACCUGAACAAGCAGCUGGACGACAUCGGCCGUAACCUAUCCGCCAUGAUCGACGAGGUGAACAAGCUUUCGACGUCGGGGACGAGCGCGAGCGUCGCGCCGCCCAGCGCGCCCAACGCCGCGGACGCCGCGAGCCAGCAGAGCGAAGAUCCGAUCAACCAGCUCAGCGCCAUCCUCGGCGCCCACCUGCGCGCCAUCCACAGCAUCGACACGAACGCGACCAAGCUCGCGUCCAAGGUCGACGAGCUCGAGGGGCGCAUGAGCAAGGGCACGCCGCGGCGGUAGCCUAUGUAUAUAGUGACAGUGAUACAGCUAUGCAUGUCUAUACCCG